UAUUAUUCUUAUUGCGGAAGAGAUUUCGGUAAACGUGUGUUGGAUCUUUAGGCCUGUAAUGUUGUGAUUUAGAGCAUUUCAAAGUGCUCUCAGAAGAUAGAAUCAGGCACAUUACAGCUGUUAAAGCUCUGAACCUUAACGGUGUUUUAAGAAUAUUUGUGCAUUAGUUUUGUCAAGUAUUGCAGUUGUGAGAAAUGUCAGAUCGAGCGAAGCAGACGGUUGGGUGACAGUCCUCGGAUUGAGAUAUAUCAGAGAUGUCGGCGACAGUCCUUCACUUUGGAGACAUUGUGUCUCUAUAUGCUGAAGGAGGUGUCAGUGGUUUCAUAUCCACCCUUGGGUUGGUAGAUGACAGGUGCGUGGUUCAGCCUGAUGCUGGGGACUUGAACAACCCUCCCAAGAAGUUUAGAGACUGUCUGUUCAAGAUCUGCCCCAGUAACAGAUACUCGGCCCAGAAACAGUUCCGGCAGGCCCAGCGGUCUGGGACCAACUCGACCACUUCCUGCUCCGAUACCGUCCUGCUAAAGAAACUCCACAGUGCUGCUGAGUUAGAGAAGAAACAAAAUGAAUCUGAGUAUAAGAAACAACUUGGAAACACAGUGCAAUAUGGAAAUGUCAUACAAUUAUUGCAUCUUAAGAGCAACAAGUACCUGACAGUGAACAAGCGACUGCCGGCCCUCCUAGAGAAGAAUGCCAUGAGGGUCACACUGGACGUGCCAGGGAACGAGGGUUCCUGGUUCUAUAUCGAGCCCUUCUACAAACUCAGACAGUCGGGGGACGCUGUUGUGGUGGGAGACAAAGUGGUUCUGAAGCCUGUGAAUGCUGACCAGCCCCUCCACGCCAGUAACUAUGAGCUGCCCGAUAAACAGGGCUGUAAGGAGGUGAACUCUGUAAACUGCUCUACCUGCUGGAAGAUGACCUUAUUUCUGGACUACAAAGAAAACAUGGAGGAUGUUCUGAAAGGAGGGGAUGUAGUGAGACUGUUCCACGCUGAGGAACAGAUGUUUCUGACGGGCGACGAGUACAAGAAGCAGCAGUAUGUAUUCCUGAGGGCCACCGCCAGAACCACCGCAACCACCGCCACCAGCUCUAAAGCUCUGUGGGAGGUAGAGGUCGUGCAGCAUGACCCUUGUAGGGGUGGGGCGGGGCAAUGGAUGAGUUUGUUCAGGUUCAAACACCUGGCCACAGGACAAUACCUAGCUGCAGAGGUUGAUAAGGACCCUACAGUGGACCCCAUGAGGAGUAAGUUACGGGGUACAGCCACUAACCCUGUCUUCACCCUGGUGUCUGUUCCCCACGGUCAUGAUGUGGCCACCAUCUUUGAACUAGAUCCAACAUCACUCACAAGAGACACCUAUGUACCAAGGAGUUCCUAUGUGCGUCUCCAUCACCUGUGUACAAACACCUGGGUACACUCCACAGGUAUAUCUAUAGACAAGGAGGAGGAUAAACCAAUCAGAAAAAAGGUUGGGUGUGCCUCAAUCAAAGAGGAUCGGGAGGCAUUUGCUGUCGUACCCGUAUCUCCACAGGAAGUCAGAGAUCUGGAUUUUGCCAAUGAUGCGAGCAAAGUUCUGUCGGACAUUGCCAGCAAGCUGGAGAAAGCUUCCAUCACCCAAAAUGAAAAGAAGUUUGUGACCCAGCUGCUCUCCAGUCUGAUUUACUUCGUUACAAUGCAAGAGUCCCACAAUUCUACAGGCGACCCUCUCAAAGUAGAAAUGACCAAGUCCAAAGACUGUAGAGAGAGACAGAAACUGCUCAGAGAACAGAAUAUCCUCAAACAGGUGUUUCAAAUUCUGAAGGCCCCCUUCAAUGGGAAGAACCCCAUUGUGGAGAUGGAGGAACUGGCUCAUCAGAGACACCAACCGUUCAGACAGAUCUGUAAGCUGUGCUACCAUAUCCUGAGACUGGCCCAGCAGGAUUACCGAAAGAACCAGGAAAACAUUGCCAAACAUUUCGCAUUCAUGCAGAAGCAGAUUGGCUACGACGUUCUGGCGGAGGAGACGAUCACAGCUCUAUUGAACAACAACAGGAAGUUACUGGAGGCCCACAUCACCAAACAGGAAAUAGAAACAUUCGUCAGUCUGGUCCGCAAAAAUAAAAAACCAAGAUUCCUGGACUACCUGUAUGUACUGUGUGUAUCUAACAACGUGGCCAUCCCCGCCACACAGGACCUGAUCUGUAACUGUCUGCUGCUGGAGGAGAACAAGGACAUCCUCAUAGAAACCAGAAUGGGUGUUCACAAGCGUAAGAAAAAAAUGCCAAAAUUGGAAAAGACCCAGAUGGAGGUGGAGAUGGAGGUGGAGACGCCGGAUGGAAUCUCCACGGGAGAGCCCAUCAUCACCAUCGAGGAGGUGGAAGAGGUGAUGCUGUAUUGGGACUGGGGCAACGGACCCAAACAGAAGAGCAUCCGGGAGCUGGCUGAGACCCAGAUAGACCCCAAGUCCAACGAAGACAUCAACGAUGAAGACUCGGCCGUGCUAGAGUACUACAGGCAUCAACUAGAUCUGUUUUCCCACAUGUGCCUGGAUCGCCAGUACAUUGCCAUCAACCAACUCUCCAAAGAUUUGGAAAUUGAUCUGAUUCUCAGGUGUAUGUCGGAUGAAAUCCUGCCGUUUGACCUGAGAGCCUCAUUCUGCCGUCUCAUGUUACACAUGCAUGUUGACAGGGACCCCCAGGAAAUCAUCAAACCCGUCAAGUAUGCAAGGCUGUGGUCCGAGAUCCCAACACAGAUCUCUAUAGAGGACUACGAGUCGAACAUCGGUAAAGAUCCAGAGAAAGAGCGUGUAAAGCCAAAGUUUGCGUCCACCAUACUGUUUGUAGAGGACUAUCUAGAGACAGUGGUGAAGCAGGACGGAGCGUUCGCCGACAGGAAACAGAAUAAACUGACCUACGAGGUUGUAAAUCUGGCAAAGCAGCUGAUAUACUUUGGGUUCUACUCAUUCAGCGACCUGCUGAGACUGACCAAGACCCUGCUGAACAUACUGGACACCAUCCCAGAGAAGGAGAUCUCCCCCGCCACUCGACCCACAGUAUCUGUGGGGGAUGGUAAGACAUGCUCCCCCUCCACUCGACCCACAGUAUCUGUGGGGGAUGAAACAGACAAAGCUAUUAUUUCUGAUGUAAUUCCUGCCACGAAAAAAAUAGAAGAGGAUGUUGAUACAAUUGUCAUGGAUACCAAACUGAAAAUCAUCGAAAUUCUGAAGUACUUAAUGCAGGUUCGCUUGGACUAUAGACUGACAUGGAUUCUCUCCAUGUUUAAGUGUCAGAUUGAGAUGCAGACAGCAGAAGACAAAUCCGAAGUCAUUUGUCUUGACUUGGAUAGCAUUGGACAGCAAGCUGAAGAUAUUUUUGGUGGAAGUGCUGAGACGUCGAAGCUUGACCUAGACGAGCAGGGAGGGAAGAUGUUUCUGAGGGUGCUACUGAACCUGGUGAUGCACAACUACCCCACCCUGGUGUCCGGCGCCCUCCAGCUCCUGUUCCGACACUUCAGUCAGCGUCAGGAAGUCCUCAUGGCUUUCAAACAGGUUCAGCUAUUGGUCACAACCAGUGAUGUUGACAACUACAAGCAGAUCAAGACAGAUUUGGAUGAAUUACGCAAUCUCGUUGAGAAGUCGGAACUCUGGGUGUAUAAAGUCAAACACGAUGACAGCAAGAAGAAACACAAGAGCAGUGCAGAGGAUAAGGAAAAUAAAGAUGAGAAGGGAGAAGGUGAUGGAAAGAAAAAGUCCAAGCACCAGUUGUCUCUGAGCAACAUUUCUGGAGAGAGGGGCUCUGCCAUUGACCUUGAUCUAGGGCCGCCCAUUGACCCGACAUCUGCAGAGAACUACAAGAAGAUUAAACAGAUCCUGCUGAGGCUGACCAGACUGUGUAUUCAGGAGACAGCAGAACCUGGGGUCAAGAAACCCAAGAAACAUGAACAGCGCCUGCUACGGAACAUGAGUGCCCCCAAUGUAGUACUGGAGCUUCUCCAGAUCUCAUAUGAAACUACUGAGGAUGUGAGGAUGCAUGAGAUAAUGAAGUAUGCCCACGCAUUCCUUCAGAGCUUCUGUCUGGCCAAUGCCCCCAACCAGGCCCUCCUCCACCAAUACCUGGAGCUGUUCCUCACCCCGGGGCUGUUGGAGGCCGAGACAAUGACGGCCAUUUUCUUGGACAACAAGAACCUGUGUAACGAGGUGACGGAGCGCGUCAUCCAGCACUUUGUCCACUGUAUAGAGACACAGGGCCGGCACGUCCCCUACCUUAGGUUCCUACAGACUGUGGUGAAGGCAGAGGGGGAGUUCAUCAAAAAGACCCAGGACAUGGUCAUGGCAGAGUUAGUUAAUGUUGGAGAGGAAGUGUUGCUGUUCUACAAUGAUAAGACAUCCUUUGAGAAGUUUGUGAAGUUGAUGCGGUCGGAGCAUGACCUGUGUGACCCAGCCAGCCCCCUUAUCUACCACAUCAACCUGGUCCAGCUACUGGCACUGUGUACCGAGGGCAAGAACGUCUACACUGAGAUCAAGUGUCACUCCCUGCUCCCCCUGGAUGACAUUGUCCGCGUGGUCACUCAUAAGGACUGUAUCCCAGAGGUAAAAACAGCUUACAUAAACUUCCUGAACCACUGUUACAUAGACACGGAGGUUGAGGUGAAGGAGAUAUACACCAGCACUCAUAUGUGGACUCUGUUUCAAGACUUCCUGGACGAUAUGGGCAGGGUAUCCACGGCAACCACAGACAGGAAGCAUGCUGACCUGGCCCUGGAGAACUAUGUGACGGUGACCAUAAUGAACGUGAUUGACACCUUCUUCAGCUCACCUUUCUCUGACCAAACAACGACGUUACAGUCGCGGCAGCCAGUGUUUGUGAAGCUGUUACAGGGAGCUUUCCGAGUGUCAGACUGUCCAUGGCUGACCGGCACACAGAAGUACCACGUGGAGACCUGCAUCAAGUGUCUGGCUGACAUCGCAAAGAAUCGAGGCAUCGCCAUCCCUGUGGACCUGGAUAGUCAGGUUAAUCAGAUGUUUGAGAAAUCCAACAACGUGAUGAAUAAAGCCAAAGUCUGGAUCAAUGCCAAACUGAAUAAACGUGAAUCCAUUGCCUCUGUAUCCCGCGACUACAGGAACAUCAUAGAGGGCCUGCAGGAAAUUGUUGUGUUGCUGGAGAAGCAGUUACGUCCCCUUGUACAGGCUGAGUUAUCUGUCCUUGUUGAUGUCUUGCACACACCAGAGGCACUGUUUCCUCCGGGCACCAAGUGUGAGAUUGGAGGAUUUAUAUCUAGAUUGAUUCGGCAUACGAAGUGUCUGUUGGAGGAGAAGGAGGACAGUUUGUGUAUCAAGGUUCUACAGACUCUAAGGGAAAUGAUGACGGUCGACAACGAAUACGGAGAAAAGCUGGAUAACAAGACUAAGAAGGAACUGGAUGACCACCGCAGGGGAGAGGCCUUGAGACAAAGCUUGCUUGCCCAGUACUAUGAGAAAGUGCCCCUCCGAGGGCGAGAGGGUGGUGGCGGUAGGGGAGGGGGUGACGGGGGAUCAAGGAAUCUCGCCCUAGGGAGGGAGAGGAAAUCUCUUAUUGAAGUUCAGUGUCGAUUGGAGCAGGAGGGAGCUGUAGAUCUGAUUGUGGACCUGAUAGUGCGGGACACCAACAACACAAACAACAAGGUGUUCCACGAGACGGUCAAACUGGGGAUAGCCCUGCUGGAGGGGGGCAACACAGAGAUACAGAAAUCCAUCUACAAAAGGCUGACCAAAGACAAGAAUUCUGAGACCUUUUUAAAAGUGUUCUACAGCAGAAUGGUGUUGGCCAGGGAGGAGGUAAAAGGAAUAACGGUCAGUACUGGGGAGAUGGAGAAGAAGACGGAAGAGCAGAAAGAAAACAAAGAAGUACAACGAAGGAAUAGAGUGGGAUUACGACGAACGGAUGGAGAUGAAGAAUCUGGAGGCCUUCUUCGGAUGCUACGUAGGGGAGGACAGGGAGAAGAGCAGGAGGAGGGGAGAGGGCCCCACCCAGGGAGUGAGGAGGCGGCCUUGGAGAAAGCCAACAAAGAGAAGGAGGACAAGAAACUGCCCCCCAAUGUGGCCCUGAUGAAGUACAUCCUGCGCUUCUUACAGCUGCUCUGUGAGAACCACAACACCGAUCUCCAGAACUUUUUGCGCAACCAACCUAACCAUGCCAAGCCCUACAACUUGAUAUGUGAGACUCUACAGUUCCUGGACUCUAUCUGUGGCAGCACCACGGGGGGCCUGGGACUGCUGGGAUUAUACAUCAAUGAACACAAUGUGGACCUGAUUAUCCAGGCCCUCACCAGCCUCACCGAGUACUGCCAGGGACCAUGCCACGAAAAUCAGAAUGCCAUAGCCAUGCAUGAAAGCAAUGGGAUUGACAUCAUUAUCGCCCUGUUACUGAAUGAGAUCAAUCCUCUGGGAAAGAACAAGCUAGCUUUGGUACUGGAACUUAAGAACAAUGCCUCUAAAUGUCUCCUUGCUAUCAUGGAGAGUCGACAUGACAGUGAGAAUGCUGAGCGGAUUCUGUACAACAUGAAUCCCAAGCAGCUGAUAAAGUUUUUAGGGAAGGUCUAUAAAAUGGCUAAGGAGGAUGGACAAUUGGUCUCCAAGGUUGACAUUGCUAAGAAUGCCUUCCACCAGGAAGCUUCCAUUGAUGAUGAAGAUGAAGAGGAAGGCAAGGAUGCCUCACCCAAAGAUGUGGGGCACAACAUUUACAUCCUGGCAACACAGUUGUCCUUACACAACGAGAGGCUGGCCCAGCUAUUGAAGCCCAGUGGAGAUUUGUGGGGAGAUCAGGCUCUGGAGUUCUAUGAAAAACACACAGCUCAGAUAGAGAUUGUGCGACAGGAUCGAACAAUGGAGCGAAUCGUGUUCCCAAUCCCAGACAUCUGCGAGUACCUGACGGAGGAAACCAAGACUCGCAUCUACUACACGACAGAGCGUGACGAACAGGGCUCAAAGGUCGCAGACUUCUUCGAGAAGGUCGAGGAUAUGUUCGCCGAGAUGAGGUGGCAGAAAAAACUCAGGGCCAACCCGUACUUGUCCUGGUUCAGCAGUCACAUGUCCCUCUGGAGCAGCAUCACCUUUCAGUUUGCUGUGCUGCUCAACUUCCUAGUGGCAUUCUUCUACCCAUUUAAUGAGGUCAAAAAAGAGCUGGAUCCUAAGCUGUCUGGCCUGAUCUGGACGGCCAUGUUUGGUUCCUUGGCCUUGGUUACCAUGGUCGGAGUCAAUCCCUUCGCCAUACGCACCUUUUUUAUAUCCACCAUUUUCCGGUUUAUUUUUUCAGUUGGACUUGAGUACACACUGUGGUUAUUAGGUGCAUUUAAUGUGAUAAAUAAAGGUAUAUAUUUGAUAAGUAUGAUGGGGAACCAGGGCACGUUCACCAAGCAGCCGCGGCAGGUGCUGACCGACUUUAGGUUCAUGUACCACAUCAUCUACCUGGUGGUGUGUAUCCUGGGCCUUUGUGUGCACGAGUUCUUCUACAGCAUACUGCUCCUGGAUGUGAUCAACAGAGAGGAGACACUGUGGAACGUAAUCAAGUCGGUCACCAAGAAUGGUCGCUCCAUCAUCCUGACGGCCGUGCUGGCAGUCAUCAUCAUCUAUCUCUUCUCCAUCAUAGGAUAUAUCUGCUUCCAGGACGAUUUCCUGAUGGAAGUGGAGCCGGUUCCAAAGCUUAUUGCAGAAGCAGUUAAUGAAACAGCCAAUGGCUUCUGUGACAAAGAAAACUGCACUGGAGUAGAUUAUUCAGCGUCUGCGGGACAGGAAGUAGCCGAGGAUGACUCCAGAGAGGAUGGCAAGCAGAGAGUAUGUGAUUCCCUAAUUAUGUGUAUCCUGACCUCAUUGAACCACGGGCUGAGGAAUGGCGGGGGGAUCGGUGAUCUACUCAGAAAGCCAGACAGCAAGGAGAACCUGUUUGUUGCCCGUGUCGUCUACGAUCUUCUGUUCUUCUUCAUUGUCAUCAUCAUCGUUCUAAACCUCAUCUUUGGUGUCAUCAUCGACACAUUCGCGGAUCUCAGGAGUGAAAAGCAGCAAAAAGAUGAAAUUCUUAAAAAUACUUGCUUUGUUUGUGGAUUGAACCGCAGCAAUUUUGACAACAAGUCUGUGUCCUUUGAUGAGCAUAAGUCUAAUGAACACAACAUGUGGCACUAUCUGAACUUCAUUGUCCUUGUGAAGGUUAAGGACCACACUGAGUUCACCGGACCAGAAAGCUAUGUGUACACAAUGGUCAAGGAUAAGAACUUGGACUGGUUCCCCAGGAUGAGAGCCAUGUCGCUGACCAAUGAGGACGGGGACGGGGAGCAGAGCGACUAUCGGAACCUCCAGGCUCAGCUCGACACCACCAACAAGCUGGUUAAGAACCUGUCCAAACAGCUCACUGAGCUCAAAGAACAGAUGACAGAACAAAUCAAACAGAAGAAGAGAUCUAAGUUCCUUACUUCUGCUACAAUGAACAUGUAGUCCCGGGAAGAGGAGUGGUUCAUAUCUAACUUUUACUCCAGCAUAUCAAGAUAUUGCCAAAAUCAGUGACAUAGCACUGGACACAGUGUAUCUAUUCAACUGAAUGCUCAUGUCCAGUCCAACCUAGAGUUGCCUCCCUUAAAUUCAUUCCAAUUUGCUUUUUAGCAGCUCUGUUUCAAGUCAAGGCUUUACUAGCAUUCCCUGUAGACAUGAGGUCUUUUCUUAUGAAGAAAUUAUGUUGUAGUGUAGGAUGUCUGUACCCUUAUUUCCAUCCGUUCUCCUUUGUUAAUGUGUUACUUUUCAAAUGUAUAUGCAAUAUUGUAUCAUGUGUACAUUGAACGAAUUUAAUGAUCUUGAUUAUUUAUUUUUUUCUUGAAGAAAUAUUUGUUUAGUAAGUUAAAUGAUUUUAAAUGGACUGCAAUUUCUUAUUUAUGUAUUUAUAAUUGCACAUACCUGUAAUAUUGUAAGUACUAAGAAAUAUAUUGAACAUAGAAAUACAUGUGUAUUGGUCAUUUA